CGCACUACCGCAGACCUCACCUAUCAAAACCCUCGCCGCCGCAACCACAAAUUCCGCCUCCGAUCUCGGUUCCGGCGGCCGUGAAGGAGCGGCCGCGUCGCCAUGGAGGACAUAGCUGAGAUGCUGGUACGCGGCUUGGAUUUCUUUAUGAUGGACAGCACCAUGCUCAGUUUCACGAAGAGCGCCUUCACCAACCUCCCCCACCCGCCCGCCGCCACCGACGCCCCCCUCUCCGGCGCCGUCCCGGCGAGGGCCCCUGACGGAGUCGACCGGAUCAGCAGCCUCCCCGCCGGGACCCUCCGCGACAUCGUCUCCCGCCUCCCCGUCAAGGACGCAGCGCGCACCACCGUCCUCUCCAAGCGAUGGCGCCGCGUCUGGCACACGACGCCGCUCGUCCUCGUUGACGCCCACCUCCUCCCCAGCGCCCCCAUCGGGACCAGCCGCAGCCGUCCGUUCUGCCUCCGCGCCGACCCGCGCGACCUCUUCGGCGGCCCACGCGGCCUCCCCGACGCGGUGUCCACCGUCCUCGCCGCGCACCCGGGCCCCUUCCGCUGCGUCUACCUCACCGGCACCCCGAUGGAGACGCACCGGGACGAGCUCGCGUUCUGGCUCCAGCACCUCGCCGCCAAGGCCGUCCAAGAACUCUUUUUUAUCAACCGCGCAAGGACGAUGGACAACGACGCGCAUCUCCCCGCCACGCUCUUCAGGUGCACUUCCCUCACCAAACUCUACAUCGGCUUCUGGUGGUUCCCGGAGACGGCCACCCUCCCUCGCACCGUCGCGUUCCCCUACCUCCGGGAGCUCGGUCUCUUUUCCCUCAUCAUGAAGGAAGAGGACCUCGCAUUCCUGCUGAAUAGAUGCCCCGUCCUGGAGAAGCUCCUGAUUGACGGAAGCCGGUGGCCGGUUUGCCUCCGCAUUCGGAGCCACAGCCUACGGUUGGUGGAAAUGUGCCAGUGUCUCGUGGCAGAAAUCACAUUGGCGCACGCUUCACGCCUGGAGCGGCUCUUGUUGUGGGAAGCUUGGGGUUAUGGUGGUGAUAUCACCAACAUGUCCUCCAAGAUAAAGAUUGGCCAUGCUCCGAAACUGCGCUUCCUGGGAUUUUUGGUGCCUGGAAUGCACAAAUUGGAGAUUGGGAACACCAUUAUCAAGGCUGAGACUAAGGCAAGCCCAAACACCAUUGUCCCUAGUGUCCAGAUGCUGGCAGUUCAGGUCAAACUUGGAACCCGCAUUGAAACCAGGAUGUUGCCGAGUUUCCUCAGGUGCUUUCCCAAUGUCGAGACACUCUAUGUCAAGUCCGAGAAUGAUGACUACAAGUUCUGGGGACCUCAAUCAACUGGCGCUGGCAAACUUAAUCUCAAGUUCUGGAAGGAGGCAGGGUACAUUGAAUGUGUUCAGCGACAUAUCAAGAAGGUGGUUCUCCGUGAGUUCCGUGGGACGAGAAGUGAGCUUGACUUCCUCAAGUUCAUCGCUGAGCAUGCACAAGUUCUUGAGAAGAUGGUGAUUGUGUUGACCCAUGGACAUUCCCCUUCGGAUCCAAUCGCUACCAACCUGAGGACUAAAAUGGCUUCUGCAAAAUGGGCCAAUUCAUGCUGUGAGCUGAUGAUUUUUCAAUCUCCAUUUCAUUCAGAAGGUACAGCUUGGUGCUACCUAGCAGCAUUUGAUCUUUCUAACCCAGAACCUUUUGACGUGUUGAAAUGUAUUGAUGGGAAAUGUCAAAGUCAUUAGUGUGCUUGUUCCUGAUCUACAUGCAGUUCACUGUUUUAGAUUGUUGGUGAUGUGUUUUUUGAUGAUUUGUGAAGCGUUCUACGCCAUGAUUCAGUGACUUUUAAAUGUCGAACUUAUUUAGCAGCAUCAUAUAGCUUGGUGAAGUUCUGUUGGUUGUGUAAUCUAUUUUCUGGUUCCAGUGAUAUGCAUUUGACAUCUUCUGCUAAAUGUUCGCUGAUUGCUGAUGUAAAAAAUUUAUGCUUUGCUUGCCAUAUACCAAUUAGCAUUAGUGUUUGCUUUAAAAUAUUCCAUUUGGUGUUGCAUGUUAUAUCAAUACUGGUUUAAAUUGGUUUUGCUUGUUACAUUCAGAUUUUCACCUCCUAGUUACAUUAUCAUGUACUAGGAAAUAUGCCCGUGCGUUGCACGGGAGGAAAAAAAAAAUCGCACACCCUAAUACACAU